CUCCUGAGCAUCACCAUGUUGGGGCUGGGUUGUACUGUGCAGCCCUGCCAGCUCGGGCAGCACCUCCGCAGCCCAGUGGCCGUGCUGCUCGGCGCCACCUCCCAGUUUGUGGUCAUGCCCUUGCUCGCUUUCCUCUUGGCCUUGGUGUUCUCUCUGGGAGAGGUGGCUGCCACCGCCGUGCUGCUGUGUGGCUGCUGUCCCGGGGGAACCCUCUCCAACAUCCUGUCUCUGCUGGUCCACGGAGACAUGAACCUCAGCAUAAUCAUGACUAUCUCCUCCACACUUCUGGCCCUGCUGCUGAUGCCCUUGUGUCUAUGGAUUUACAGCCGAGCCUGGAUUAAUACCCCUGUCGUUCAGCUCAUGCCUUUCGGGGCAAUAAUUCUUACUCUCUGUGGCACUUUAAUUCCGAUUGGAUUGGGGGUCUUCAUCAGAUACAGAUACAAUAGAGCAGCAGACUUCCUCCUAAAGGUUUCUCUAUGGUCCUUGAUGGUCACUCUGAUAAUCCUCUUCGUCCUCACUGGCACCUUACUGGGACCUGACCUGCUCGCCACAAUCCCGGCUUCUGUGUAUUAUGUAGCUGUCCUGAUGCCCUUCGCUGGCUACGUCGCCGGUUAUGGUUUGGGUGCUCUCUUCAACUUGCCUCCUAACUGUAAAAGGACCGUUUCUUUGGGGACUGGUUGUCAAAAUGUCCAACUCUGCACAGCCAUCCUGAAAUUAGCUUUCCCUCCCCAGGUAAUUGGCGGUAUCUACAUGUUCCCGCUACUCUAUGCCUUAUUCCAAGCGACAGAAGCUGGCCUUUUUGUUCUGGGAUAUAAAAUCUACACAAGGAACGUGACGCCCAGGGAGAAGCCAGCAGAGCUAGAUGAUGACACGGACAUUUCCUACAAGAAACUCAAAGAGGAAGAGGUUAUUGACUCAUCUUACGGAGCUGUUAGUGAGAGUGAACAACACGCUGUUGUAAUGGAACCUACUAUCAGCGAGUCGCGAAUGUGAAAGGGGACUGAAA